UUUACACCCAGUCCCUCCUAACCAAACGGGCCGUGAUCCCUUUUGCUUCUCUGAUCUCUCUCUUGCGCAGCCAUGGCGGAGGAGGAGGAUUCUAGGGUGUGGAUCCCGCCGGCGGCGGAGAAGCUCACCGACGACCUCCUCGUCGAGGUCCUCUCGCGCGUGCCCUACAAGUCGCUCUGCCGCUCCAAGCGCGUCUGCAGGCGGUGGCGCCGCGUCAUCUCCGACCCCGACCACCGCCGCCUCCUGCCGCGGUAUCACCUCCACGACGCCGUCGUCGGAUUCUUCGACCACAGAUCCUUCAUCAGCUUCUCAGGCAGAGGCCGCUUCGUCGGCCCCUCGCUCCCCUUCCUUCCCGACUGCGGCGAUCUCCGGCUCCUCGACAUCUGCAAUGGCCUCCUCCUCUGCCGCCGCCGGAGGCUCUCCGAUCCCCGGAGAUUCGAUUACCUGGUGGCCAAUCCUGCCACCGAACAAUGGAUCGUCCUGCCUGAAUCUGGCUGGACUCACAAGGAACAGAUUGCUCGCUUGGGGUUUGAUCCAGCGGUCUCCUCGUCCCAUUUCCAUGUGUUCGAGUUCGAGUUGGUGGAGCAUAGUGCUAUGGGUAUGAGUGGUGACCAUGAUGGAAAUGUCGUUGCGGUGGAAAUUUACUCAUCAGAAACUGGAGUGUGGAUUCACAGGAACAAUGGUUGGGGCUGCAUAAUUAGGACGCUUGAUAUUUGGAGGAGCGUAUUUUUCAAGGGCAUGCUGCAUUUGAUCACCAUGGAUGAUGUGGUGGCAGUGGUGGAUGUGGAGGGGAAUUCUUGGAGGACCAUUCCAAUGCCAGAAACUUUUGUUGAUCCUUAUUAUGGUGUUGAUGAUGGAUUCAUUGAUGUGUCUCAAGAUUGCCUAUGUUUUGUAAAUACCGAUCGCGAUGAUCUAUACAAAUUAUCGGUAUGGGUUCUUGAGGACUACAGCAGUGAUCAGUGGACCUUGAAGCACACUGUCAGCCAUCUACAUCUAUUUGGAACUGACAAACAGCAUUUUGGAUAUGACGACAAAGUUGUCUCGAUUCACCCAAAACGGAAUAUCAUUUUCUUGGUUUCACUGAAUGAUGGAAUAUUCAUUUCCUAUGAAAUGGAUAGCAGGGAAGUGCAUUAUAUAUGUGAGCUUGGAGAUAUUUUGACACGGCAUUAUCUUCCCUAUGUUCCCUUGUACUCGGAGUCACUGGCAAAUGUACAUUGAUCAUCUUAAUUGCAUAGCGUAAUGCUCAGUUUGUUAACUUUAAUUAUGGCAUUGAAGUUAAGUCAUCAGUAACCUCACUUUAUGGGGGGCCAAUGUUUCAGUAACUUUGAACUCUGUUUGGACUUGCAUGACAUUAUGUUUAUCCGAUUGUUUACAGUGUCUAAAACCCUCUAGCACUUACCAUUUAACUAUGGAUCCUAUAGGCUAUAAUCAUAUAUUUAUAUUUUCCAUUGAGUCAUGCAUGAUUAGUGUCUAAGAAAUUUAUUCUUGACAUUGCUUAUUCCCUCAUGAGGAAGCGUUUAUUCACGUCAAUAUUGUUUAAGCUUUCA